CUGAGCUCGUGAACAUCAUAUGUGCUGCCUCAGAAGACUUACUAUAUAUAUCACUACAUCGCCUCAUUGGUUCUGAAAACGCGUCUAAAACGCCUCGUCUGAAUGCCGAAAACUUUCCAGGAAUAUUUAGGAGCAUUUGAGGGGAUUUUCGUUUGAUUUUCUUUCAGUAAUACCUACUGAGUAAAAGUAGUACUUUUGGAGCUAUUUGAAGGAGGAAUACGAAGUGAACACUGCGUUCUGAGGGGGAUUCAGAUUUACGGUCCUUCUUUUUACACGGUCCUUCUUUACUGACGGUUCAUUUUGGAAGUUUCUGAGUUUUCUGACGGAAGAAAAUGGGCAUAACUGGUUAUUUUGUGCUGCCGUGGAAAUGCCUGGUUGUUGUGGCUCUAAGACUGCUGUUCCUUGUGCCCGCAGGAGUGCCAGCGAGAAGCGGAGACUCUUAUUUAAAGGACAACAUCACUGUCAGACAGGGAGACAGUGCCGUCUUGAAGUGCAAUGUGGACAACAAAGUAUCUCGGGUGGCAUGGCUCAACCGGACAACUAUACUCUUCGCAGGCAAUGAAAAGUGGACUCUGGACCCCCGGGUGGUCCUACUAAACACAGCAAUCACUGAAUACAGUAUAAAGAUUCUAAAUGUGAACCUAUAUGAUGAGGGGCCGUAUGUAUGUUCCAUUCUCACGAACAAGAAACCGGAGUCAACGAAAGUGCAUCUCAUCGUACAAGUUCCUGCCAGGAUCGUAAACAUAUCCACGGAUGUUUCGGUGAACGAGGGUAGUAACGUAACCCUCGUGUGUCUGGCCAUCGGACGACCUGAACCCACCAUUUCAUGGAAAUUCCGCUCCUCAAAAGGUAGUAAAAUUAUAACCGAUGGCGAGUAUGUGCAAAUGACUGGAAUAACCAAAGAGAUGUCUGGCUCUUAUGACUGCAUCACUUCAAAUGACAUCUUGCCUCCAGAUGUGAGAACUGUUCAGGUUACUGUAAACUAUCCGCCCAUCAUUUCGCGAGCUCGGAGCACGGGAACAGCAGUUGGCCAGAAAGGAGUUCUGUGGUGCGAGGCGUCAGCGGUUCCUCUGGCAAAUUUUGAAUGGUAUAAGGGGGACCACAGACUAUUCAAUGGACUCAAUGGGGUCAAGAUCGAAAACAAGGGUAAACAAUCCAUGCUAACAUUCUUCAAUGUCUCUGAAGAGGAUUACGGGAACUACACCUGUGUGGCCAUGAACACGUUGGGGAUAACAAACGCAAGCAUCAUUUUGUAUGGCCCCGGAGCGAUACAUGAUGUGAACAAUGCAGCCUUAUCACCAACCAGCUCGUUCUUGCUUCUAAAUCUCAUUCUUACGCUCUCGUUCCUGAGCAAGUUUUGAUGCUAAACAUUGCGUCCGUUUCUCCUUAAAAACACAGACUCACAGUCUCACACACAGAGGGAGAAAUACUUUAUUGGUUAUUAUUAUCAGUAUUACAUUUUAAUUAUUUUGCCUUAUAUUUUAUUUCUAAAGGAAAGAGUCAGUGUGGGUUUAUGGAUCUGUAAUAAGAUGCUUUGGGAUUUAACCGUGUUUUGAAACAGUGAACUGGACUGUGGAUGGAGUGAGUUUUUUUAGCUGGGUAGAAAUAAUAAUAGAACCACUAUAUGUGUCUCUCCAACCUUUUGUAUGUGAAAAGACAAGCAAAAAUUCAUGUAAUCGUGAAUAACUGGAUGGUUUUUUUGCUUAGUAUUGAACUGUGUGACUUGAGGUUACUGGUGUGUCCUGUUUCCUUGUAAAAUAACAUGGUUUUCUUUUUUCUUUUUUUUCUUUUUAUAAUCGAUAAAAAAAUGACAAACAGCAAAAAAGAAAAAACUGUUUUAAAAAAGCGUGAUAUUUGAUUUACUGUACCUGUACAGACAUGUGCAAAUACUGUUCAUACACACAUGAAUAAGAUCUAUGCGUUCAAAAUACAGUAAUAUAGCACACAGUUCCUGAAAACAUAGUGCAUCCUUCAGCGUUCAUCUACCAAUGCUGCCAAUGUUAUUCACAUGACAGAGGAACCACAAAGAUAACCUGCAUGUGUACUAAGCUGACAUAGUCCCAAGCAGUAGGAUAGGCUCCUUACCUGGUCUAAUAUACAGUAUUAUAAGGUCCUUGUAGAGAUGUUUUUACUGUAGAUGCCCAAAAGACUUGAAUUGUGCCGGCUGAUAGCGUCAUUUAUUUGCACAAUAAUAAUAAUAAUAAUAAUAAUAAUAAUAAUAAUAAUAAUAAUAAUAAGUUUAAUUUAUAUAGCGCUUUUCCAAUGCUCAAAGCGCUUCACAAACAAUAAACAUAUACAUCAAAACAAAACCGAACAACUCUAGUCCAGAGUUGGAGUCAAUCAUAUAGUCUAGAGUGAAAGUAUUCUGUUAAUCUGCAUGUAUCUGACACAACAGUACAGAUAGAAUAAGCAGUAGGGGAAAAAUGACAUGUCCAAGGUAGUUCCGCUUGGCUUUGGGGCACCAAGCAACCCAUGUUGGCCCGCAUCUCGCAUGGCACAGAACCAAGGCGAGUGCAAAUUCCAGGGAAAUGGGAACACACACAAAGACGACAGCCACCACACCAUGAAAUCUCUCCAUCAGAUAUUCAGCCAUCCAUAGCAACCACGCCAAGAACACCUCCAGGUAGGCAGACAGGUGAAGUCAUAUAGGCUGGGUGAGAUGCCACCAGGCCGGUGGAACGGAGCAACCAACCCCCAUGCACCAGCGGGAACCACGAAAACAGGCAAAUGUCCGUUAGGAUUAAAUGAAUGUCCAUUUUAUGAAUAAGUAGAACAGAGAGAAAUGCACAUAUAAACAACAACAUCAUCAGGGCAAAACAAAACAAAGUACAAAUAGCUCCGGCGUGAAGCGGCAGCAAAAUGCGCACAGCGUACUCACACCAGAAGACACGAAAUGAAGUUAUCUGCAUUGUUUUAGCACGCGAUUCAUUAAAGGAAUUAGAGGCCAUUCAGACCUAACAUGUUCUUGUGUUAAAAAAGCUAGACACAGAGUAACUAAUGGAACAAAAUGCAGGUGUCUCGAGACGCAUUUUUAAAAGUUGAAGUUCUUUUAACUUGACACUAAAGUUUCGCUCAUGUACGAGACAAAGCGCAGCGGUCAAAGAAGUCCAUCUAGCGCAUGUUUAACUAUCAAAUGUUCACUGUGAGCGCCCCCAUACGUAAAUCAGGUAACAACGCAAAUACGCAAUUUUUUUUUUGUUGCGCUGAACGGGAGUUGAUUCUGCAUGCUAGGUUGUGGAGGAUACUUUGUGGAAAAUCCCUUUUCAGAUACAUUUGAUUACAUUUAUUUUGGGUGACAUUCUAUUGAAGUGUUUCAACUGUUCUUUCUCAGGUUUUCGGUGCUGAGUUUCAUUUAAUAUUGUAUGAUUUUUAUUCUUGAAUCUUAAUAUUAAAGCACAUUUGACAGAAGUCAGAAGUGUUAUCUCAAAUGGUAUAUAAUAAUAAUAAUAAUAAUAAUAAUACAGCACAGAAUAUAUUUAAUAUCUUCUGAGAAAAGAUCCCAAUAAUAGACACAUUUCCUUGUUUAUCUGUGGGUGAUAACUAUCAAUUUAUCCGUGAUCUUUAGCACUAAUUUCCACACUAAUAUAAUGUCAUAUAAAUGUCAAAUUCUGCAUGUCUGAGCAGGUGAAAGAAAACUGUAAUCUCAGUUUUCAUCUAUUUCAUUGACCAUUUUCCAUAUCUGUGAAUGCUUACCAUUUAUAGGCAUGCUGAUUUAACAGCUACACUUUCGCACCAGUUACUCUCUGAGAGCUAACUUAUCAAUGCUCUUAUGAGCUAAUUUGUAUGCCUACCAGAAAUGUCAAUUUAUUAUUAACCCUCUGAAUGCUAAUGUUUCUGUUAAAAUCAAAACAAUAUAAUCAUUCAUAAUCUUGCCAAAAUAGUGUAUUUUGAGAGUUACACAUCUGUCCAUUGCACUAAAAGAUAAUCAUCAGUCAUGUUAAAUUAGUUUUGUUAUAAUAAUAAUAAUAAUUAAAAAAAAAAACACACAAUCACAUACAAAUAGUACAGUGAUCUAGAACUAUCAGUAAGCAUCAAAAGUACCCAUCACCCAUGGUGGUUUGGAUGUAACAUUGCACUUUGAAUGGUUAAAAUGGCUAGAGGAACCUACGAGGAAAUACCAGCCUGAUCUCAUUAUUAUACAAAGCUAUUUGUACAUAACAUUUAAAUGUACAUUUUUGAAUGUUUGGAUAGAUGCUGAAACUUACAAUAUGGACGUUUUGACAGCAUCUAAAAUGUAUUUACAGUUUUAGAAACUUAAAAUAUUAACGAAUCCAUUAUAAAUAUAUUUGAAUCCACAAAUUCAUUAUAAAUAUAUUUGUACAAAUUAUUUAUUAUAUAUUUGUACAAAUAAAUAAACAUAUAUUUGUACAUUUUUACUUUUUUUUUUUUUUUUUUAUAUAGAUAAUUUAGAUCCCUUAACCCAGAUAACAGGCAGUUUAAUGUAGUGAAAUUCAUCUUUGUUACAAUAUACAAAUGUAUAUACAGUGGCAAGAAAAAGUAUGUGAAACCUUUGGAAUUAGCUGCAUUUAUGUUUAAAUGUGUCUUAAAAUCUGGUUUGAUCUUUAGCUAAGUUACAGUAAUGAACACACUCAAUCAGUUCUAACUAAUAACACACAAAUUAUUGUAUUGUUCUUGUACAGAUUUAAAACAUCAUUCAAAUAUUCACAGUGUAUGUUGGAAAAGGUUUGUGAACCCCUAGGCUAAUGACAUCAACAAAUCCUAAUUAGAGUCAGGAGUUGGCAAACCUGGCAUCCAAUUAAAACGAGAUUGGAGGUGUGGGUUAGAGCUACUUUGACUUAUAAAAAGCACUCAAACAUUUUGAGUUUGCUAUUCAUAAGAAGCAUCUGCUGGCGUGGAUCAUGCUUCACAAAAAAAUAGAUCUCAGAAGACCUACGAUCAAGAAUUGUUUAUUUGCAUAAAGCAGGGAAGGGUUACAAAGCUAUCUCGCAGAGCUUACAUAUUCCACAUCUGUCCACAGUUAUACAAAUUGUCUAUAAAUGGAGAAGAUUUAGGACUGUGGUUACUCUAGAAGUGGCCAUUCAGCAAGAUGACUCAAAGGGCACACUGCAGAAUGCUCAAUGAGGUAAAAAAGAACCCUAGAGUGACAGCUAAAGACUUGAAGGAAUCAUUGUAACUGGUUAAAAUCUCUGUUCAUGAGUCUACUAUAUGGAAAACAUUAAACAGGCAUGGUGUCCAUGGCAGGACACCAUGAAGAAAGCUGCUGCUUCCAACAAAAUCAUUGCUGCGUGCCUGAAGUUUCCCAAAGACCACCUUGACACUCCAUAAUGCUACAGAGAAAAUGUUUUGAGGACUGAUGAAACUAAGGUUGAAUUGUUUGGGAAGGACACGCAGCACUACAUAUGGUGCAGUAAAGGCACAGCAUAUCAACAUAAAUACAUCAUUCCAGUGGUGAAGUACGGUGGAGGGAGCAUCAUGAUUUGUGGAUGAUUUGCUUCUUCGGGUCCUGGACUGUUUGCCAUCAUCAAGGGAAAAAUGAAUUAAGUUUAUCAAGAUAUCCUACAGGAUAAUAUCAGGGUUUCUCUGUGCCAGCUGAAGCUCAGUAGAAGCUGGGUGAUGCAGCAGGACAAUGAAACUAAAUAUAGAAGUAAAUCCACUACAGAAUGGCAUCGAAAAAAUAAAAUCCACCAUUUGGAGUGGCCAAGUCAGACCCCAGACAUUAACCAAAUAGAGAUGCUGUGGAAUGACCUCAUGAGAGCCGUUCACUCCAGACAUCCUAAGAUUACUGCUGAGCUGAAUCAGUCUGUAAGGAAGAAUGAUCUACAAUUCCUUCUGAACGCUGUGCAGGUCUAAUCCGCAGCUACUGGAAAUGCUUGAUUGAGGUUAUUGCUGCCAAAGGAGGAUCGACCAGUUAUUAAAUUCCAAGGGUUCACUUUCUUUUUCCACAGCCCUGUGAAUGUUAAUGAGAUGUGUUCAAUGAAGACAUGAAAGAUUAUAAUUGUGUGUGUGUUAUUAGCUUAAGUACAUUGUGUUUGUAUUGUUUAUACUUGUGACUGAUGGAGAUGAGAUCGCAUUUUAUGACCAAUUAAUGCAGAAAACCAGCUAAUUCCAAAGGGUUUACAUACUUUUUCUUGUCACAGUACGUUUUAGAGCCACUUAUCCCACCCUACUUCUAAACCUAACACUGACCAUUUCUUAACAAUCUAAAAAAACAUAACAAGCAAAUACAUUUAAUACAUUUGACAAAAUUCAGUACAAGAGUAGUCCAAACGAUGAUGUGCUGCAUUCGAUGUGCUACCUGGUGGCAUACAAAAGCUUUGUGUGAGGUAGAGAGUGGAAUCUAAGUUAUUAACGGCUGAAAAUGUUCUCCUGAUCAACUCCACGAAGCCACUGUCAAAUCUCAUUCAAACAAAUACAUAACAGAAUAUGGCAUUUCGAAAAUCGUGAGAAGCCAUUGAGCAUUUGACAUCACUGCUGUAAAACCGGUGUUGUACUGCUUCUUGAGGUGGCAUUUUUUUUAAUUGUGAAAUCAAUACUGGAAUGACAGUUAAGGCUGUUAUGGGUGCUAUGACAGAUGGAGAUUGUUGAAUAAAUGGCUUGAAUUUGGGUCAAUUCCUCACACAGAGCUAUCUGAAGACUUGGAUUAUAGCAAACAAAUAAAAUUGAUUCCUUUUAUGAUUGGUUUAUGGUGCAGCAUACUCUAAAAACUCAUUUUGUGUCCCAUGGCAAACAAAAAUAUACAAAAAUAUACAAAAAUAAAUGCUUAAUGAGUGUUUAAACAAUUACAGAUUUGUUAUUCGUUUAAAAAUGUUGAGGUUUAGUCUUGGUUAAAUUGAUAUAACCCUUUGAAACCAGCUGAAUAGCAGAAAUCACACAGAACAGAAGGAAACCAUUAUAAUGUGAUAUUAGAUCAGUGCUAAUCUCAUUUAAUGUAAAUGCAAUAAAAUUAGCUGAGUCAUUACAUUAAUUCAAUAUUCAUGGAUUCAGUAUGUAUAAGUAAACAUUUGUAAAUUUCUAAAGGUGUUAAAAUGUUAAAUGAUUAUGUUUCAGAUGCUGUCAAAGCGUCAAUGUUGUACGUUUCAGUGUCUAAAGAAACGCAAAUAAAUGUACAUUUGCUAGAACCAUAUUUUACGUAAGAAUGCCUAAAGAUUCGCAUGAUAUCACGUGGAAAUCCAGACAGACGGGUAGACAGACAUGCACUCAACCCACAGCUCAACUUACAUUACACUGCUAAAAUGAGACCUUGUCCAUGGGUAGUCUGUAUUCAGCUUCAGUGAGCACUGUCAAUGGGACUACAUAAACAUGCUGAAGAGUGAUGAUUCAAGUCCAAGGUCUGUAACGUUGCUGAGAAAUAAAUAUAUGCCCAUACAUUGUAAAUUACCUUACAGUUUAUUUUCAAGUUAGAUUCCUCUGCUUUAAUUUGAAGGAUAUAUAUUGCUUGAGCCUUGCUCUAUGAGUAUAAUGUGACUGACUGGAUCUUUUUGUGAUUGAAUAGUGAGUUGGUUACGUAGGCAUGACAGAGUUCAUUCAAAUCUAACGCCGGUUCUUGGGUUGAAAUAUGUUUCGGGAAGUGCACCUGCAAUAUCAUUCUCUGGGAUAUUAGAGCAUCUUGUAAACGCAGAGUUGAAAAAUUAAUUGGAUUUUAUUCGAAUCAUGACAUUCAUGAGCUCUUUGCUUUAGGUACAACAUUGUUCUUGAUCAGGCAGUACAUGUUAAAAAUGCUGUAUGUGAACAAAAAAAGACUUUAAAAAUAUGCAAAUACAAACAUUUAUCCUGGUUUUAUUUGAUUGUUAAAUAGGAGGACAGUGUAAUUGUUGAGAUCAAAACACCUUUUCCUUGUUAGUGUUGUGCCUUGCGUGUAUUUUACAAAAAAAAAAAAAAAAAAAAAAAAAAAACAUUAUACUACAAAUGUACUGUAGAUAAACUGCAAUCAAACAGAUUCAAUAUCGACCCUGGAAACUUCUACUUAGGAUGCGUUUUGGAAACAGCCAGCAAUUAUUAUUAUUAUUAUUAUUAUUAUUAUUAUUAUUAUUAUUAUUUAUUUUAUUUUUUAUUUCGUUACAGAUAAAAGUACAUUAGAAUAUAUAAUUUUGGUUUCUACCGUUGAUUAACUUUUUAAACACUAACAAUUUGAUGGUGAACAUGCUACUGACAGUGAUAUCAUUUUUAACUGCUGGAAUGAACAUACAAAACCACAGCCACUCCAACCAUGUAUUAUUUUGCAGUAAUGUAGUGUACUGUAUAUAUCUUAAGUGGCAUUGCAAACCCAUUCAUGUUACAAACAGGUAUAUAAAUAGUUCAGAAUGUAAUUGUUUUCCUUUAUUUUUUAAUUGCUAUAUUUAAAUUUAUUGUUGUCUUAACUAAGGGGACAAAAUAGCCAGCGUCCAAUGAAAGCACUCUCGAUUUUCGCUGACCUUUAAGAUUGCAUCUCUGACCAUUGUUAUUUUAAAAAACUGCUGCAAGUAUACAUGGUACAAUACAUCUAAUCAUAGCAACAGUGUUUCACCCAAAAUCUCUAGGCAAAAAGUAUUUUGCCAUCCUUUGCAAAAAUGUAUUGUAUGUUUGUAUUUAUUUUUCUGACUGUCUCUAACUAGUUCGGAUUGUAAAGUGUAUUAUACCUAAACAUUUGCAACACGCAGCUCUCUCAAUGUGCAUGUACAGCUGAAGCUGUAUUUUAUUUUAUUUUAUUUUUUUUUACUAUUGGAAAAUGAGUAAAAGACUGUUGUAUGUGUUCUGUGUAAUAAAGUUAAGAAUAUUUUUUUCUA